GUAUUUCUGUAAGUUUAUUUAACACCAUCGAACCGCACGAAACCUCUAACGCGUCCCGGUUCCAACAUGGACCCGCAGCGCCACAGCGCUGGGGCGGGCCUGGCCCCGCCCCGCCCCGCCCGCCGCACGGCGGGGCAGCACUGACCAAUCACAGGGCAGCGUCCCGCAGGGAGGCGGAGCCGCACCGUGAAUGGCAGCUGGCGAGAUAAACAAGUCGCUGCACUGUUCGGUGCCCCGCAGCAUGGGGUGCCCGUCCGCUGUCCAUCCCCGUGUUCCUUCCUCCCUCGCUCCCUGCCAGCCAGAGGCGCCGCGUCCGGCCGCGCUCGCCGCUCCCGCCUCUGCGCUCAAUGUGAAGAGUCAGCAAGUUCCCAGCGGCCGCUGAAACGCUCGGUGUCUCCGGGGAAGGCAAUGCGCCGACGCCGCCCGGCCGGGGCGGCCCAAGGCAUGCCGGGAGUUGUAGUUCUGCCGCUACGGCGUCCCGCCUGCGGCGGCGGGGCCGGCUCCCGCAGCCGCACUACGACUCCCGGCACCCCGCGCGCCGCGCCGCGAGGAGCCCAGUUGAAGCGGGUGGCGGCGGCGGAGCGCGCCCCCUCCCCCCCCCCCCCGCCGAAAAGCCCCAAACCAAAACAAAAACAAACCGCCCCCCGUCCCCCUCGCCCGCCGCCCCCGCCGAGCCCCGGACAUGGCGGCGCCGGGAGGGGGCUCCGCCAGCUGCGGGUGCUGAUCCGGCUGCCGCGUCCCCCUGCCCGCCCGUCCCUCCCCCGCCCAUGGGCGAGACAUGGACUACGAGUUCAAGUCGAAGCUGGCGGCCGAGCGCGAGCGGGUGGAGGACCUGUUCGAGUACGAGGGAUGCAAGGUGGGCAGAGGCACCUACGGGCACGUCUACAAGGCCCGCCGCAAGGACGGCUUUUACGGGAGUUGAAGCACCCCAAUGUGAUUGCAUUGCAGAAGGUUUUCCUUUCUCAUAGUGACAGAAAGGUUUGGCUGCUGUUUGAUUAUGCUGAGCAUGAUUUGUGGCAUAUUAUCAAGUUUCACCGUGCCUCAAAAGCAAAUAAAAAGCCCAUGCAGUUGCCAAGAUCUAUGGUUAAAUCCCUACUCUACCAGAUCCUCGAUGGAAUCCAUUACCUCCAUGCAAACUGGGUGCUUCACAGAGAUCUGAAACCAGCAAACAUUCUGGUAAUGGGUGAAGGUCCUGAAAGAGGAAGAGUCAAAAUAGCUGAUAUGGGUUUUGCAAGGUUGUUUAACUCGCCUUUGAAACCAUUGGCAGACUUGGAUCCAGUUGUGGUGACAUUCUGGUAUAGAGCUCCAGAGCUGUUACUUGGGGCCAGACAUUACACAAAGGCCAUAGAUAUUUGGGCAAUUGGCUGCAUAUUUGCUGAACUAUUGACUUCAGAACCUAUAUUUCACUGUCGCCAGGAGGACAUCAAAACAAGUAAUCCUUUUCAUCACGAUCAGCUAGACCGCAUUUUCAGUGUAAUGGGAUUUCCUGCAGAUAAAGACUGGGAAGACAUAAGGAAGAUGCCAGAAUAUCCAACUCUUCAGAAAGAUUUUAGAAGAACAACAUAUGCCAAUAGUAGCCUCAUAAAAUACAUGGAGAAACACAAAGUCAAGCCUGACAGCAAAGUUUUUCUUUUGCUUCAGAAGCUUCUUACUAUGGACCCUACGAAGAGAAUUACCUCAGAGCAGGCUUUGCAGGACCCCUACUUUCAAGAGGAUCCUCUGCCUACAUCAGAUGUGUUUGCUGGCUGUCAGAUUCCAUAUCCGAAAAGAGAAUUCCUCAAUGAAGAUGAACCUGAAGAGAAAGGGGAUAAGAACCAGCAGCAGCAGAACCAGCAUCAGCAGCAGGCAGCCCCGCAGCAGCAGGCGCAGGCCGCGCCGCAGCAGCCGCAGCCGCAGCAGCAGAGCAGCAGCCAGACCAACGGGACGGCGGCGGGCGCCGGGGCGGCCGCAGGGGCCGCGGCCGCGGGGCUGCAGCACAGCCAGGACUCCGGCCUCAACCAGGUGCCUCCCAACAAGAAACCACGCAUAGGGCCUUCAGGCGCUAACUCAGGCGGGCCUGUCAUGCCUUCAGAUUAUCAGCACUCCAGCUCACGCCUGAGUUACCAAAGCAACAUUCAGGGAUCUUCUCAGUCCCAGAGUACAAUGGGCUAUUCCACAUCGUCUCAGCAGAGCUCUCAGUAUCACCAAUCUCAUCAGUCUCACAGGUACUGAGGGGCCUGACAGGCUGCACUCAGAAAGGAAUGGACUAGAAGCCAGAAGACUCCAGCAAUAUGAAGUUCAUAACGAUGAGAAGACCAAAAAUACAAACUAUGAUGCAGAAUUAGAAUUCAUGAUGAUAAAAGGAAAACUUCACUGACUGAAGACUUCCCCCAUCCGUGCCCCAUCCCUUUAUUGCCAUAAAGGAGAUUCUUGUGAAGUUUUCCUUCCUCCCUGCCCUUGCAUGUGCUCCAUUGUGGUUACUCUAAUGAACCCUUCUGAUCUGAACCCAGCACUUAACUUCUUUAACCUUUGGAAUUUUGAAGGAUUCCUGGUGCACCUUCCUUAUGCUGUAGUGAUUGCCAUAAAUCUGUCUUUUCAAUCUCUUUGAUGGGAUUUUAAAGUUUUAAAAUCUUGAACUCCCAGGCUUUCAAGCUUGUAUAUAGUUAGUUUUAUACUAGGCAAACCAGUUUAGCUAUACAGGUAUAUUGCACCUUUUUAAAGCACUAUGUUAUUUUCACAGGAUAUUACUGUUUUGCUCAUGGAUGUCAAGAACAGCAAAAUUUUACUGUUCCAGAGUAUUUUACUAUUCUGUUUUUAUUAGUCUAGUUUUCAGGCAAAGUAUUAAAAAUAAAAAGUUUUAAAAAUUAAUAAAAUGAAAAAAGAAAAAGGAAAAAAGAAAAAAACCCACCCAAGUCUCUGCAGUGACAGAUAUGCUUCAUGCUACUGGACUGAAUGCCAAACAGAAGAUUACUGAUAUUUCUUAGCUCAUUCACAUUGAAUUCUUGAAAUCACAGUGAUCAUGCUCUGACUAGUUUUAAAUUAAGCAUUACUUUAAAUGAAACUAGAACAGUCACAUAAACAGGAGCUGUUUUCAGAAUCUGUUGAAACAGAAGAAUGGAAUGUCUUCCUAGGCUGGACACCAAAAUAGUCAGGAAAAUGUAUUUACUGCCCUCAAGUCUCUGUAGGAAUGUGGAUGACGGGCUUUUUCUGUAUUUCUGCUAAGUAGCUUAUUAAUGUGUGUGAGAGUUCUAUAAAUUUAGCUUUCUUUCACAUUCUUGAGUCAGUUCUCAAAAUUUAAAGGUGACAGAAAUACUAAGACUUGCAAAAGCAAAUGCAUUUAAUCAUUUUAUAUUAGAAUUUAUAAUUAAGAGAAAUUAUUGUGCAGUUUGAAAAGCAUGUUGAAAAUUGUUCCUUUUUCUUGUUUAUAAUGCAUAUUCUGCGUCCCUCACAUUGCUGUGAUUAACCAGAUUAGUUACACCAGAUGCGCUUGAUUGCACUGAAAUGUUUCUUUUUCCCUAAAGCAAACAUGUUUUGAUUGUGCCUAAGGGACUGUAAGUGGAUGGGUAGCUGGCAGAAAAUCCCCAGUAAUUAAGCAAGAGUUCAGAAGCAUAAUCAGAGGAUUAUUGUCCAACUUCUGGAACCACAGUUAUUCAGAGAGACACAACAUGUAAUUUGGGACAGCUUCGUUUUUGCUUCAGCCUUCAGAAUUAAGGCUGACUUCUGUGGCAGAAAAUCUAGAGGAAUGCAUUUAGAAAGCUACUGGCAAUGUAAUGUCAGAGCUUCUACAGCUGGUGUCCAGAGAAGAGGCCAAGUGAGAGGACUUCAGGUGUAAAUGGUCAGUGGUCAGGUUUUUAUACUGCAGAGUGGUCUCUUCUGUACUGUGCCCACACAAAAAAAAUGGUGUACCCCUACACGUUCACACUGAAGUUGUGAUGAGAUGUAGCAAUAUGAGUAGAUCUGUUUGCUCUGAGGAGAAUUCUUUUUGUCACAGCUAGUCACAUACAUGGUUCUACUGGAUUUGAUCUCCCAUCUUUAGUGCCCCCUUCCUCCUCAAGCUCGUGCUGUUUUCCUAAUUUUUGUGAGUAGUUGGCUUGCUUUGGCCAUACCGACUAACAUCAUGUGAUUUUUCACAACACCCAGCUGCUCUGGAAAAGCAGCUAAAAUCUACUUUUGUCAUCAAAUGGAUUAGAAGAUGGUGAAAAACUAAAGGAAGCAACUGAAAGGAAAAAAAUAAUUUCUGGGGAAGAAUAAUCUCCCAAAGGAUGCUUUCAGUGUAUAACCCUUGAAAUGCUACGUUUUAGACGUACUGUAGUACUCUGUUUGAAAGAAUAGGUUUUAAUUGUUCCUUUAUUUCAUUGUCUCUGGGGUGACAUUCUUUCUCUGUCUCCCCCCUUACUGAUGCUAGGAUGAGGUACUUUUGAUCAAAUGGAUAUUUGGCCAAUGCCAUUAAGUAACAAUUCUUUUAUACUUCUGCAAUUUGAAUGUCACAUUUCUGGAAAUUAACUUAUGGCAGAGUGAUUUUUGUUCCCUCCUGUUCUUUCCAUCCUUAUGUUCUUUCAAAAUUAUUUUGUCUUUCCUACUACAGUUAUCUAACUUUUCUUUUCCCUGCUGUGACCUGCAGCUGAUCAUCAAAAUUCAUACAAGGUCAGGAGGUGGCGGGGAACCAUUGGUUAAUUAAGGUGGGCUCUUGUGCCAAUAAGGCAAAAUCAUGGUGUAGGUUAAUCUGUAUGUAGGGUGUGAAACUUCACAGCAAUGUAAGGUGCUUUAAUUGAGUGAGCUUCCAGCUUCUAGAGUGACUGCCACAACCUCUCUAAGGUGCACUUGCAUUUCUUGCCUUGGUAGAUGACGACAUGCCAUUCCUCUCUCUAGCUUUUGUGUGCACAGGUGAAGCCAAGCUGACUUCCUCUGUUCCUUCAACUUCACAACCAGGAGGAGAGCGAAUAAAGGCAACAGCGCUGGCUGCAAAAUGUUGGCUCUGCACACUCUUAGUUCCUUCUUGGGGGUGAAAUAAUUCACCUUUUCUUGGGAGCUUGAUGCAUGCUGCCAGGGUGGGUGGCAGUCAUAGUGGAUGAAGCCUUGCUGCCUAGGAUUUAUCCCAUGAGGUAAAAACUCUCCGCUUUCAGAAGUGAAUUGUGCAGUUUGUCGUGGGAAACCAGGACCAUGUCAUUUUUAUGAGUUUUUAUUUGCCUGUGCAGUUUCUUUAUUGCUCAGCUGUGUCUCUGCCCAUAACCUGUAGACCCUCAGCAAAGUGUUUCACAUCUGCACUGAGAGGCACAGAGCUGUCUUCUCUAUCCUGGGGGAGAGCAGGCUGCUGAUUACAGCUUUUCACAUCGUGGCUUAGAGGAAACAAAUGUGGGGAAUUAAUGGGAUGAGCAGCCUGGUCUGCACUGGUGAAUUUUAUGUAGCACAAACUGCACAAUGAAGGAAAAAUAUAGGGAAAGCUGCGACUCCUGCACUGUAUCUGUGACACUGUAUCUGGGGAGGGGGAGGGAAGCGCAUUCGUAGCGGGAGGGGUGGCGGGAAGCUAGAAGUGUUCAAAUAUGUAUGAUAUUUUAUAUAAGCAUAAUAAGCUUAGUUCCCCUUCAUAAUCUUCAGGAAUGGUACUUUAACACCAUUAAGCAAAGAGUUGUUUUAGGAUUAAAUAAAUGUAUUGUACAUAAGGCCAUACGUAAUCUUCUAAAAAUGUCGCCAGACAGGAGCGAUGUGUAUUACGAUAUGAAAAAAGUCCUUAAUGCACUGUUAUCUCCUAAAUAUUUAGUAGUAAAUUAAUGCUAUUUAAUUUUUUUAAAAAUUUGUCUUGUGUAGACACUAAAAAGUAUUACACAAAAUCUGGACAGAAUAUGUCCUUUUUAACAGCAAUUUAAAGAACUUUUUAUAUAUGUAAGGUAGGAACUUUUCAAAUUGUUCUAGUUGUAUAUCCCAUGUUUACUAUUUGUGGAAGUGUGCCUGUCUCUACUCAGUUAUUUUUUUUUCCUAAUAAUUUCAUGCACGCAUCUUUCAUUUUUGUAGUUUCCAUUAGAAAUGACUGUGUAUGCGCCUGGUGCUGCCACAAAACUUUGACGCUCUAGAUCUGUGGUGGCCGCGUUCAGCAGUGCCCGUGCCAAUGGGCUACCAAAACCACGAGGCAAAAUACUUGUUUCUCAUUCUAGAGUUGAGAGUUUACUGCUUUUAAGUUGUCCUGAUGUCACUCUUGAAAUGACUGUUAAAACUAAGCUAUGAGUUCAAUUGCAUUUAUUUUAUAUUCUUGGUUGUAAUGAAAUGGAAUUGACUUUGCUUCAGUGUGAAUUUUUUUAAUAAAAUAAUAUACAUUUGUAAUAAUAAUAAAAAGCUCAAAUCAAA